GUUAAAUUCAGUGCCAAAACCUCAGCUGAACCACCCGUUCAGCUGCAAGUGGCAAAUGUCAGAAAAGUACACUUCUGAAGACCAUCAUCGACACCCAGCUGCCUCGUCACUUCGGAUUGCCGGCUCAGCUUGAAGAAGUAGAAGGUGGUAUUCCCUGCAAUAAGGAUUUUGGAAAGGCAAGCCACAGUUCGCGUCAAUGCUUCGGCAUAAAAAAUGCGACGCGUGGAUGUUAAUGAUCGCUUACAUGGUACCCAAGCAGCCGCAGCUGAAAAAGGAUUCUUGAAACCCAGAGAAUCGCAUCAGUAGCUGCCGCUCUUAUCAUCCCUCUUCUUUUCUCCCCAUCGGUCUUAAAGUCUCGCAAUCUUCGUCCCUGAUCAUCGUUUUGCGCUCGGAGCAGCUUGUCCAGCAUGGGUAUCUGGGAUGCCGGAUCUGGAGGCCCUUUCGACGCCGUGCGAUUUUCAACUUCGUGGAUCGUACCGCCGGUGGUUCUCUUCGCUCUUCGCGCGCUGAUCUCUCUGUUCAUCUUCACUAGCAUCUUCACGAUCUUGGGUAUAGACGACAAGGUUGAUCAAGAACAUUACUUCAGCUACUUCACCAGCUUGACAUUCUGGGGCUUGGGCUUCUACUUUCUCUUUGCUGCGAUUCAUACUGCCAGCUACUGGCUUACCGGAAAGCCGUUUCUAGCAAGAUGGCCGCGAGCGCUCCAGAUUGCGCAUUCGAUGUACUACACCACGAUUACUACGUUCCCAUUUGUCGUCACGAUCAUAUUCUGGGCACUGCUCUUUAGUUCUUUCCCCAAUGUCUUUUCUGUAUUCAGCAACGUUUCACAACAUGUCCUCAACACCGUCUUCUGCCUCUUCGAAAUAUUUGUUCCGCGAACCUUACCCACACCGUGGAUUCACCUUGUUACACUUGUUCUUAUUCUACUGCUCUACUUGGGACUGGCAUUCGUCACUUGGGGAACGGAGCAUUUCUACGUGUACGACUUCCUUGACGACCGACUUCACUCGCGAGGGGUGAUUGCGGGAUAUAUUUUCGGCAUAUUGGCGCUGACCAUUGUGAUAUUCGUGGUUGUCCAUUUCGUACUCCUAGGGCGGGUCAAGCUCACCGAAAAUAAGUGGGGGAAGACUGGUAAGUUGGCAACGAAAGGCAGGACGGCUGGCGCUGGAGAUGCUGAGCUUGCUGAGCCUAUGGCGGAGAAAGCCUAGCUUGAAAGACGGAUAUUGUACUUUUUGUCUGCUCCUGCGCGACAAAUUCAUUUUCAAUUCGCAAAUUCUUAACAUCCUCGAAGCCGAGAUUCCGUUUGAAAACUGAAGUUGUGUUUUUUUUUUUUU